CUUCCGGUAUAGCUAAUUUCUUCCAUGCUCCUGAGACGGUGAAUUCUCAACACGAAAGACAGACCGAAGAACAAGACCCAGCGAAAAUGUUUAAACUGGAAGGACUCGGGCCUAAAAUGGACCCAGAGGAGAUGAAGAAGAAAAUGCGACAAGAUGUCGUCUCAUCUAUACGAAACUUUCUUAUUUACGUCGCCCUUCUCCGAGCCGCCCCAUAUGUUUUAAAGAAGCUGGACAGCAUAUGAGCGGAGCACCAGGUCUCUUCCACUGAGAGUUUACUGCAUCAGAGACAGAUUGGCUCAUCAGCAGCAGACAACUGGGGCCAUUACAGCUAAUUGUGUUGGAGACCACCAGAGUCCAUCACUGCAACCAAGGAAACACCUUUGUUCUCAUUUCUCCUCACUUAUUCAUUUUUGUAAACUUUAGUGAGCCUUUGUUGUUAAACAUAUUGUCAUUAUUGUUAAAUGCAAAGUGUGAGUGUUUGUCUGCUGUGUUCGCACAUUAAAAGGAAACCAUGUUUAUUUUGUUGGUUUGUUUUUACAUGGCAGAUCUGCGCAGUCCUGCACAUAUUGAACUUACACUAUAAAACUGCAUUACAAAUGUAGACUCUAGGGUGAACAUUUUCAUGAAUGAGUUUUAAUUCUUAAUGUAAUCACAGAAAAUAAAAACAUAAACCAAGAAA